AUGACUAUGCAACAAUACAUAUGUGCUUCUUUUUCAUCUUCUUCUUCAACGACGACAUCUUUAAAAAAAAAAGUUGUUUUUAUUAGCUUUCGUGGUGAGGAUACUCGUAGAAAUUUCACAAGCCAUCUUUGUGACGCUCUUAGCAAGAAAGUUCUAGCAUUCAUUGACGAAACUGAGCUUCAAAGAGGAGAUGAGAUCUCGUCGGCGCUUAUCAAAGCCAUUGAGGAGACAGUUAUAUCUGUAGUCAUAUUCUUAAAAGACUACGCUUCUUCAAAGUGGUGCUUGCAUGAACUCGUUAAGAUUUUAGAAUGCAAGAGAGAUCAAGGACAAAUUAUGAUACUUGUUUUCUAUGACAUACAGACAUCCCAUGUGAGGAAUCAACCUGGGAGUUUUAAGGAAGCCUAUAAGAAUCACAAGCAAAAUUUGAGACACAACAAAGACAAGUUUAAGAAAUGGAAAAAUGCACUUAUAGAAGCAUCUAAUUUGUCUGGAUGGAAUUCUCAAGACUACAGGUAA